AUAGAGGUUUACCUGCAGUAUGCUUAGGGUUUGCAAUACAGAGAUAUUAUGGCUGCAGGUGAGACCAGCACAACAAAGUCUCGUCAAGAAAAACAAUACGAUUACCUACUCAAAUUUUUGCUCGUGGGUGAUAGUGAUGUUGGAAAACAAGAAAUCUUGAGUGGACUUGAAGAUGGUGCUGCCGAAUCUCCGUUUUGCAGCGGCAGUGCAUAUAAAACUACUACUAUCUUACUGGAUGGAAAAAGAGUAAAAUUACAAUUAUGGGACACAUCAGGUCAAGGUAGAUUUUGUACAAUAAUCAGAUCUUAUUCUCGUGGGGCUCAAGGUAUAUUUUUAGUCUAUGACAUUACCAAUAAAUGGUCUUUUGAUGGCAUUGAUAGAUGGUUAAAGGAAGUUGAAGAGCAUGCUCCUGGAGUACCAAAAGUACUUGUUGGCAAUCGUCUUCAUCUAGCUUUUAAAAGACAAGUAGGAGAACGUGAUGCUGAAGCAUAUGCAGCUAAAAAUCAUAUGGCAUUUUUUGAAGUUUCACCUCUCUGUGAUUUUAAUAUUCGCGAAAGCUUUUCUGAACUUUCUCGAAUGGCUUUACACCGUAAUGGUAUGGAAAGAUUGUGGCGAUCUAAUAAAGUUCUCAGUCUUCAAGAACUUGCAUGUCGUGCAAUAGUAGCAAGAACAACAGUUUAUGGUAUUGAUCAACUUCCAUUACCUAAAUCCAUUAAAUCUCAUUUGAAAUCUUAUGCAAUGACAACUACAUCUCAGUUGCGUUAUAAUGGAAAUAGAUCAUUGAGCUCUAGUAAAAGUCUAGGUUCUCAUCAUAGAAAAUUACGUUUUGUCGGUGUAGGUCAUAAUGGACUAUCGACGCCAGGUAGUUCACCUGGUAGUAUAACAGAUUCUCGUACCAGUUGUGUUGGUCGCAAUUCUUGCACAAUAUCUUGAGAAUAAUUUUAUGGUCAUAACUGUAAAUAUACAAUACUAAUUCUUCCUUCCUGUUUUGAUGUAAAAAGUUUUGUUAACAUGUGCCAUCAGAAAUUAUAAAGAAUUAAAAAUCUUU